AUGGAACCUAACAAGGUUCAGCGCACCAUUAAAUUUUACACCAAGGUCAAAACAGGAUGUCUGACGUGCAAGAAGCGAAAAGUAAAAUGUGACGAAGAAAAACCGCGCUGUCGCCGUUGCACCGCCUCAGGCCGCGAAUGCGAUGGCUACCCCCAGGAUCGACAGACCGCUCUGACGACCGUGAAUGCUAGCCCCGAGUCCCACGCAGUGCUCUUUGCCUCCCCUGCCGAGAGAAGAAGUUUCUUCUACUUUCAGUCCCGUGCGUGCAAACCGCUGGGCGGGUACUUCAACUCGUCGUUCUGGGGACGGGAGGUGCUGCAGGCCGCAAUUCAUUAUCCGCCGGUCCGACAUCUCGUCAUCGCCAUUGGGUCUGCAUAUGAAGCUUUCGAGACCGGUUCACUCGGCCAAGAGACCGAGUUCACCCUGCGGCAAUGCAAUCAAUCUAUUCGACAACUUACCGUCCUCGGUCGGGCCACUAACCCACCAUCAACGGAGUCCACUUUCUGCAUUCUCACAGCGUCUUUGCUGUUCAUCUACCUGGCGAGCAUCCGCGGAAACCACGCCGAAGCCAUCCAGCACGUCCGGUCUGCGGCGAAGCUCUUGCAAGACUUUGAGCGUUCGGCAGCGUUGGCUCGGAAGCCCGGUGAUGCCGUCAGGCCAGCGAGUUUCUCUCGUCGUCUUUGGCGGAAGGACUCCAAGAAACAGUGGCCCGGCACCGAGAAUUGUGUCAAGCGUUGGAGAGCAGCCAAAACGCCUUGGAUGUUCUCGCACGAACCCUUCCCGCGACAGGACAUUCGCAAGAUCGAGACGGGACCUCCAUCUUACGCAUUUACCACUUAA